GCGUCAUAUGACGUAGGCAGAGACAAACAAUAGGUUGUGCUCCCGCUCCGCUUCUCACAAUACAGAGAGCGAGAUAUAGAGAAAGUUUUAGAGAAGUCAAGUCAUAAUGGUAGAUGAUUGUGUUUGUGCUGGUUGCACAAAUUCCAACCUGUCUGGAAAUCGUGUACACCAUUUUCCUUCUAGGAAAAGCAAGGGCAUUCAUUUAUGGGUGCGUUUUGUGCAGGUGAAGAGAGCAGACUUCACUGCCGUGUCUGUCACCACACACUCGGUCGUUUGUGGUGCUCAUUUCACUCCGGAGAGUUAUAGACCGGGAGAUUUGUUGGAGUCUCGGAUGGGAUUUCGGAGUAAGGGCCAUGUGAGGCUGAUUACCGAUGCUGUUCCCUCGGUGCACUCGAUGGAAUCAAGUCCACCACCAUCAAAGCUUUCACCUGAACCUGGCGCGGGCAGGACUGGAGGACCAAGUGCUAGCACUUGCAGAAAUUCCAUGCACCGAAAAAGAGCUCUUUUCAAAGGACUUCCUGCCCCGUGGCUCUGGCAUUGUAACUCGCCGUCCCCUGGUACUGCAGCUGAUCAACGCUCCCACAGAGUAUGCAGAGUUCCUUCACUGUAAGGGAAAAAAGUUCACAGACUUUGAUGAGGUGCGGGCAGAGAUCGAGGCAGAGACAGAUCGAAUCACUGGGCAGAACAAAGGAAUCUCCCCAGUCCCCAUCAACUUACGUGUCUACUCUCCCCAUGUCCUGAACCUAACUCUGGUUGACCUGCCCGGGAUGACCAAGGUACCGGUGGGGGACCAGCCAGCCGACAUCGAGGCCCAGAUCAGGGACAUGCUGAUGCAGUUUGUCACCAAGGACAACUGCCUUUUGCUGGCUGUCUCCCCUGCUAAUUCUGACCUGGCAAAUUCAGAUGCCUUGAAGAUUGCCAAAGAAGUGGAUCCCCAAGGUCAGCGUACCAUUGGUGUGAUCACUAAGCUGGAUCUAAUGGACGAGGGUACUGACGCUCGAGACAUCCUGGAGAACAAGCUGCUUCCCCUGCGUCGAGGGUACAUUGGGGUAGUGAAUCGCAGCCAGAAGGAUAUUGAUGGGAAGAAGGAUAUCACAGCUGCUAUGAAUGCAGAGAGAAAGUUCUUCCUCACUCACCCCGCUUACCGGCACCUGGCUGACCGCAUGGGCACACCCUACCUACAGAAAGUCCUGAACCAGCAACUAACCAAUCACAUCCGAGACACGUUGCCAGCACUACGUGCCAAACUGCAGAGCCAGCUGCUGUCCAUUGAGAAGGAGGUGGACGAAUACAAGAACUUCCGCCCAGAUGACCCGUCUCGCAAGACCAAGGCCCUGUUGCAAAUGGUUCAGCAGUUCUCUGUGGACUUUGAGAAACGUAUUGAAGGCUCUGGGGACCAAGUAGACACAGUGGAAUUGUCAGGAGGAGCCAAAAUCAACCGCAUUUUCCACGAGCGCUUCCCCUUUGAGCUCGUCAAGAUGGAGUUUGACGAAAAAACACUUCGCAAAGAAAUCAGUUACGCCAUCAAGAACAUUCACGGCAUCAGGACUGGACUGUUCACCCCAGACAUGGCUUUUGAGACCAUUGUAAAGAGGCAAAUAGCUAAGAUCAAGGAGCCUUGUCAAAAGUGUGUGGACAUGGUUAUCUCUGAGCUUGUCAACACUGUCAGGCAGUGCACCAAGAAGUUGGCUCAGUACCCGUUGCUGCGGGAGGAGUUGGAGAGGAUUGUAACCCAGCACAUCCGCAACCGUGAGAGCCUCACAAAGGACCAGGUGAUGCUGUUGAUUGAUAUUGAGUUAGCCUACAUGAACACCAACCAUGAGGACUUCAUUGGGUUUGCCAAUGCCCAACAAAGGACCAGCAGUCAGAUUAGCAAGAAGAAGGCUGUUGGGCCUGCCCAGGAUGAGAUAUCAGUUAUCAGGAAAGGCUGGCUGACCAUCAACAACAUUGGUAUCAUGAAAGGAGGGGCCAAGGAGUACUGGUUCGUCCUCACCGCUGAGACCCUGUCCUGGUACAAGGAUGAUGAAGAGAAAGAGAAGAAGUACAUGCUGCCGGUGGACAACCUGAAGCUCAGGGACAUCGAGAAGAGCUUCAUGUCCAGCAAGCACAUCUUCGCUCUGUUUAACACAGAGCAGAGAAAUGUGUACAAGGACUACCGUCAGUUGGAGCUGGCUUCUGACACUCAGGAGGAAGUAGACAGUUGGAAAGCUUCAUUCCUACGCGCUGGAGUGUAUCCCGAGCGCAUUGUGGAUAAAGAGAAGCCUGAAUCUAUGGAGGAGAGCAGCUCCGAUAAUUUCAUGCACACCAUGGACCCUCAGCUGGAAAGGCAGGUGGAGACCAUCCGCAACCUGGUGGACUCCUACAUGGCUAUCAUUAACAAGACUGUGCGAGACCUUAUGCCCAAGACCAUCAUGCACCUGAUGAUCAACAACACGAAAGAUUUCAUCCACGCUGAGCUCCUGGCUAGCCUGUACCACUGCGGGGACCAGAACACUCUGAUGGAGGAGUCUGCUGAGCAGGCCCAGCACCGCGAGGAGAUGCUUAGGAUGUACCACGCCCUGAAGGAGGCACUGCACAUUAUCGGUGACAUUAGCACCACGACGGUGACCACAGCCAUGCCACCACCCGUCGACGACUCCUGGCUGAAGCCGGGUGGUAACACCACAGGGGGCAGGUCUCCCAUAUCCAGCCCCACUCCACAGCGGCGUGCCCCACCAGGCCCCCCUGGCAGCCGACCUGGGGCCCGUGCCGCACCUGCUUCCUUCGGGGGUCCUCCCAUCCCCUCCCGUCCUGGGGCGUCUACAGACCCCUCCGCUCCCAAUGUCCCUUCUCGACCCAACCGCGGCCCUCCAGGUGUACCCAGCCGCCCAAACAAGGGCAGUCCGGCUCAUGGUGAGAGUCCACAGUCUUCGAUUGAUGGUUAAACACCCUGUUAUACACAUUCAGACGCACACCCUCACACACCCUAUUUUCACUCCCAAUCACAUAAACACACACAAACACAAACACACACACACCCCUUUCUCCUGCUGGCUUACCUGUGGAAGAAAUUGAUGCUGGAAUCCUGCACCACAAAGAAAUAAUUGAGGUCCUUUUGGAGACAGUACACAUCAAGGACCAGUGACCUGCAUCCAAAAUACAGUGCGGAAGUUGGUUUGACUAGGGUCAGGUUGCCCAUAUGUGCUGAUCUUGGGUCAGUUUCAAAUUUUCUCCACUAGUGUCAACCACUCAGAAUUGAGGUAACCUGGUGCAGCAGAAAAGCCUUAGUGAAAUACCACCACACAGUUUUCAAGUGAAAAGAGGAGUUAUAAAUAAUAAUGAAACUUGAAGUCACCGGUUUCUUCUGGCAACUCCGUGGAGGGUUGAAUUGGGGGAAACUGAUUCUAGAUCUGAAUGUAAGGGUAAAACUUUGCCCAAAGGAGGUAUGGUCAAAUGGUUUUCUUGAGGUUACACUCUAUUUAUCCACUUCAUCUAUGGAUCCCUGGCUGCCAUCUGUCUCUUUUACAAUUACUGCAGUGUUAAGUGUUCUGAUGAUGCUGUGUUGUAUUGCAAUACAUGUGUUAACACAAAUGAUGGGUAUGCUAAUGAUCUAUGUAUGUGUGAAUAUUUAUUCUCACCAGUGCACAAAGGCAAUGUUACUUCCUAUUGUAUAUGAGAGUCAAUCUGCUGAAAAUGGGAAUUAUAGAAUUAUGGAUGGCUUCCAACUUGGACUAAGUCCAGUUGAUGUGGUGUAACUCAAAACAGCUUAGUGUGUCAGAAAAUGUUUCCUUAAGGCCAACAAUGAGUUUAUUAAAUGUUUAGAUAUAUUCUUUUUACAAAGCAGAACUGGUUUACAAAGGGGUGGCAGUAAAUACGAGAAUGUUUACUGUGCAUUUGUUUACACACUAUACAUAUUCCGUCCUUAAUAUAUUUGCUGUCAACGGAUACAUAGUAAAUGUCCAAAUUGUAUGAAGAAAGCUUGAACUAUCAUGGACAUUAUCAUAAAUAUUUGUAUGUAUUGUUGUGGUUCAUCUCUGGGAAUUGUGCUUCCACUUUGUAGACUUUAGUCAAUUUAGAGGUAUUUUGCCAAAAUAAAGGAAACACUUGAAUACAUAAGGGACACAAUGUAGACUAUAUUGUAAUAGUGUGGAAUACAUUGCUACACUGCCACCUAGUAGUUUGGAGCUUUGAGCCAGGAACAGAAUGGUUGUCUAAUUGAUUCCCAGAACCAACAAGAUGAUUCUGAGGUAAAGCGGUGCCUGAGAUUGCCUUAUCCAUCACCAUAAACAAAACAUACGUUUUCUUUUGAACAAUGGCAUUACAUAUCUUGAAUAGAGUUGACAAGAUGCAUUGAAACUUUUCUGAUGGCUUGUAGCGACCCAACAGUCUAUGUAUUAAAACAGUCUAUGUAUUAAAACAGUCUAUGUAGGUGUUUCCUUUAUUCAGGAAUCAGUAUAUGAAUAAAUUAAAUAUUACGUAUUAAUGUGAAUUAAGUAAAUGUGAAAAGUGAGUAUAUGGUAUUUAUAUAUUCCAAAACAAGGUGUGGGUGGACACUCUUGCUCUGUUCACCAAUAUGGUACAGGGAAAAUAUAUGUCCUCCUUCACACUAUAACAUGUAUCAUUGCUGGUUGUUCAAGAAAUAAAAGCAGGGCAUUGCUUUGAAAUUAAA